AUGCCGACCACAAGUCCCAACCACAACAACCGCACCUUCAUGGAACGCAUGUCCGAUGCUCUCGUCUACGUCCUCGCGUUCCCAUUCAUAAUCUUCGGCAUUGCACUCAAACGUGCAUUCACACAAGGAGGCGAACACCAUUCGUAUCGAAAGAACCUGCCUGAGCAGAAGCUGAUCUAA